AUGCGUUCUUCUUUGGCUUACGGAGCCCUGCUCCAAGCAUCGCUAUACUCUUUCGCCAGUGCUUCACCAGCACCUACACCUCGUCGCGUCUUCCAAGCCGAGGCUCUGGCAGCUCAGGUCACUGAAUCGCCCGUCGACCUCUCCCCUUCGCGCACCGAAGAGAGACUUCGCCGCGGUGUCGUCAGCGAUAUCAAGUCGGGAGUCAGUGAUAUUGAAUCGGCCAUCAGUGGACUUCCAUCUUGGGCCUCUUCAGAGGUCCCAGGCUUCUUCCAGGGUUUCCCCACUGGUGAUGCUGUCGUCUCGUCGCUCGGCCUCGACGACGCUCAGGUCUCUGCAUUGCCCACUCAAGUCCUCAAUCUUGACCCCUAUGCCAAUUGGACCGAGUCUGGCUGGAAUGUCAGAUUCCACGGCAAUGUCUACAAGCAGCCCAACACCUCUACUGCAGACCUCAAUCGCCUGGCCAACAUCUUCCUCGUCAACACUUCUAUCUCAGAACUUCCUCCGGAUGAAGCAGACCGAGCCCGCAAUGUGACUGGCAGCAUCUUUGUUAUCCAGCAAGGAGAUGUAGCUGUCGCUCCUAUUCACCUUGAUCCUGCCGCAUCGCAAGGUUCUUCUGGUGAACCCGGUGGUGGUGGUGCAGUGACUCCUAGCGGUGGUAAUCAGACUGUAACCCUUCCAUACAACACCACUGUUGAGGGUGAUUUCGAUGUCUUUGUUCCUAUCAACGGCAAUGGCCUCAUGAACGGCAAUGAGACACAGGAGGUUCAACGCUUGAACACUCACGUCGAGGGUGCAAGCAUUGGCAAUUCCACUGCAUAUCUCGUACCCGAGACCGGUCUUACUGUUGUCAGUGAUAUUGAUGACAUUCUUCGUGUUACCAAGAUCUACGAGCCUGCUCAGGGUCUGCUUAACUCCUUCGCUAAGCAAUACGUCCCUUGGGAGAACAUGCCUGACAUCUAUGCCAACUGGAGCAAGAGCUUGCCCAACAUGCACUUCCACUACCUGACAACCACUCCUGAGCAAGUCACAAGAGACUACAUGAACUUCACCUACAACAACUACCCUGGUGGUUCAUUUGAUACACGUCCUCUUAACUUCUCUGAUGUUUCUGCCACACUUUCCAUCCGAAAGUUCCUUCUGGUCAAGAUCUUCGAGACCUUCCCUCAAAGAAAGUUCAUUCUUGUCGCCGACACUAGCAACAGCGAUGUCAUGAGAGAUUACCCUCAGAUGGCAACCGACUACCCCGAUCAGGUGCAGUGUAUCUUCUUGCGCAACACCACUGCAACAGACCCUGGUGAUAAAUUCCCCUACGAUACCAGCGGUUUCAAGAAUCUGAACCAGGAGAAGUACAUGUUCUUCUUGCACCCUGACGACCUCACCAAUCUCGAUAUCUCCAACGGACAGUGCUACAACCAGUCGAUUGCUCAGAACCUGACCUUUGGUUACCAGGGACUGCCUCUCGGUCUCGGAAGUUCGCCCACUGCCGUCAACGCUUCUGCCACUGGCGCUGCCAACAAGACUGGCAAGAGUGGAGCAUCCGCUUUCAAGAGCAAGGACGUCGUUGGUGCACAAAGUUCCUUGGCUCUCGUCGCAGCACUGGGAGCUGCUAUGUUCAUGUUCCUUUAG